AUUAAGCAAUCGAGACACAGUUCGAGUUCGAAAGACAGAGCAGCCAAGCGCCAGUGAACGCUACUAUAUUCUUGUUCCUCCCCUCUUUUAGAAUCGACGAUCAUGGCGUUUUCCCGCAUAAUGAUAUCACCGGCCGCCCUCGCCAUGCUGUUUAUCGUCGCGUUCAGGUGCAUGUCGAAUGCAAACGCACAGUGUAAUGAAUACGCUCACGUGAAUUCGUCGGUCACAGAGAAUGGCGAUUGUGUGUGUGGUGUGACGUCAUCAUUAAGCUCAUCCUGUGGUUCUGGGGUAAGCAGUGCGGAGUUCCAGCAGAUGAUUCGCGACCUCGAUCAACAGGUAUGUACCAUAGUGGAUAUCAACGUCGAGUUGAUAACACUGCGAGUCACGUUCAAUCAACAAGGAGAAGACAUCAUCGCCAUGCACGAACAAAUGGACAACAUCAACGCCAUCAAAGAGCGUAUCAUCGACAACAAGAUCGUCAUCUCCAGCCCCGAGUAUGACGUCAUCAGAAUGGAUCUUCAGGAUAUGGAAACGCUCAUCAGCUAUCUUGAGGAUCAGAAUGCCGAUCAAUUUAUCAUCGUCAAACUACGAGAGGAGAUUGCCAACAUCAGCUAUAACCUCGAUUCCCUGGAAGUCAACAACGAUGGCGACAUCGAAUCUCUCUUGCGCGACAUCGCUGACCUUCAGCAACAGAUUGCCGAAUGCGAGGCGGACAAUGACCCGGAUUCUGAAAUCGGUUUUCCAUAUCCAUGGGAAAAUUUUGAGACAAAAGAUUCUUGUGGAACCAUCAGGGGGUUAUCAGAGCCGUAUACACUCAGGGGUAAUCUAGCUUCCACAGGGGUGUGGUUUAUGGACCCCAUUGUAGACGUGGACAGGCCCUGGUAUCAGGUGGGGGUUACUACAGCUUCGUCUAUCCUACGUUACCUAUCUAUUGAGCAAUUCCAGACGGAAGGCAUUCAUGAGACCUAUUUACCUGGAUACACACUGGAAGGUUGCAGUGUGGUUGCAUACAACGGCGCACUGUUCUAUAACAUGUAUGGGUCUGCAACCAUCAUAAGAUACGACUACAGAGAAGGAUCUGUCACCAACCAACGAGCCCUUCCGAAUGCGGGGUAUAAAACAAAUUAUGUUUAUCUCUCCGGGGGCUACACGAGCAUGGACUUUGCUGUCGAUGAGCAGGGCCUGUGGGUGAUCUACGGGAAGUCUACCAACAGCGGACUCAUGUCCGUUAGCAAGAUCGACCCCUUGACUUUGGAGGUUGAGGAGACCUACAACACCAACACACUCAAGGCCAACUUCGGCGAGUGUUUCAUGGUAUGUGGGAAGCUCUACUGCACUGAUUCGUUCAACAAGCACGAUGGCCGGAUCGUGAUGAUGUACGACACGACCACCCAGACGUCCACAACACUCAACGUCCCUUUCGACAGCAAGUACUUGGCGACCAGGGCGCUCAAGUACAACCCGAGGGACCAGCGACUCUACGCCUUCAACAACGGACAUGCUCUGGUCUAUGAGAUAGAGUUCCAGGUUGACGAAUAACAUAUUCUAGACGUGAUCUCAUCUGGACAUUAAUAAAUGAUUACAUAUUAGUUGUAGUUGCUUCUGUCUCAAUUCGUUAAAGGCCUAUUAAACUCGGUUAGAUUAUGCUUUUCUCGAUUUCCUUAAACCCCAGACAAAUGUAUAGGUGAGAUAUCAGAAUAACAAUUUUUUGCACCUGAAUUCCCUAUUAGCUUUUAACCAUAACACUAGUUUAAACACAUUUCCACUCACAUGAAUUGCUUGAAAACAGACAAUAGUUAUCACCCAUUUCUUCAACGUCAGUUAAAUAUCUCUUGUAAGUAUACAAAGAAUAACCGAUGACAACGACAAUAACUAAACAUUGAUAUAUUUCUGUUAAAAGUAUUAUCCCAUUAUCAUUAAUCCUCUUUGUGAUAGUAGAACAAGGAGGUAGAAGUAAUGGAUCUUGUAACGUUAGUCUUACUUUGCAGUCAAACCUUAUAUAACUAAGAAAUAAAAAACUGCUAUAUGGUCUGCUCAAUUUUGUACCAGCAUGAGUGGAUUCUAUCCAUAGAGGUGUCGUUAUUCAUAGUAGGUGAAUGAGUCUCCCCCCAACUUAAUUGUAUCGCCUGCACAACUUCAUAAUUUUACAAUAAAUACAACAUGUACAUGUAGAA